UCUAUCGGGGGAAAGAACCCGCGUACGUAGAAGCAUAAGGCUUCCUCUCAGAGAUGCCUCUUGGGCUGAGCCUCGAAGGAAGCUAGGGGCUUCUGGGAGGUAGAGAUGGGGAGGGGGAACAGCUAGGAUGGGGCCGUGAGGACAGAGGAUACAGAACACCAUGCUGAGACUUGCCGGGGGCAGUGGGAGAUGUGGGAGGAUUUCAGCUCGUUACAGACCAUCUUAUCUUGCUUGGGUUUCUAGGUUUCUCUCCCUGCCCCCCCGCCUGGCACUGGGGGAUGGGGACCAGGGCUAGGCCGUCCUCUCUCUUUGCCUCAGCCUCCCAGCCCCUGCCUUAUGAGAAGCAGAUGUUGGGGCUGGCCUGGAAGCCGGGAAUCGGCCCCCACCCCGCUCCCGCGCACAGACGCUGCUUUCUACUCCAGGAGAGGGGGAGGGGAAGCCCGCCCCCACCCCCCUCAGAAUGUUAGAGCCCCAAAGCCCUCUGUUCCCUAUCCUUUGUCCUUUUGUUCCCAGGGCAUCUGUAAGAGCAUCAACCCCUUUCUCACAACAAUGUCCAACAACAUGGCCAAGAUUGCUGAGGCCCGAAAGACAGUGGAGCAGCUAAAGCUGGAAGUCAACAUCGAACGCAUGAAGGUGUCCAAAGCUGCGGCCGAGCUGUUGGCCUUCUGCGAGGCUCAUGUGAAGGAGGACCCACUGGUGACCCCGGUGCCCGCGGCAGAGAAUCCCUUCCGCGAGAAACGACUUUUCUGCGUCCUGCUCUGAGUACCCUAGCCCCCUAAAAAAAAUACAGAAAUAAAAAGAA